UUUGACUAUGCUCACGCCAUACACAAAUGGAAGGGUCAACAGUACCACGUAGCUACUGCACAAGCAAUUGUAGAAGUCGUUGUAUCGGCUUGCAUAAUUAAAAUAGUAUCGACAAAAGAUGAGGGCGAGUUUCCAGGAAGGUCGCAAAUGUUACCACCAAGCGGUGAAUCAUAUGGAGUUUCGCAAAACGCAUCACUGAUAAGAAUGAGAAAUUUCGCAUCAUCAGAAAAAUCAGUCUGCGCAAUUCCGGAAAUAUUAUAA